AUGGAGUGUGGCGUGUGGGCUGAGGCCCUCAAUGUCAUUGUGACCAAACAAUGCUGCGGGGGUGUCAUAAGCGAGCUGUGGCCAGAGGCAGAAGGGCUGGCUCAGGGGAUCGGCUGGAGUCAACACCAGCAGCAAGACCGCUACACCCUUCAGCACGCUGGACAGCGACAGCCGAGACCUCCAGUCAUGACAAUCUGUAGCUCGGCGGGGGACACUCAGAACCGAAACAUGGAAACGUUAGUGGAAUCUACCGAGUUUGUAACGAACACUCUCCAAAUUUCCCAUCACAGUCCCACACAAUCCCGCCAGUGGCAAAACAUCGUCAAUGUGAUCAGUAAGCGACAGGACCGCCUGACCGAUAUCGAUGGCGUCCCAAAGCGGAGGUUCACCAUCAAGAAUGAGUACAUCGAGGACAUUAACCAGCAGAUCCAAUCCAAGCUCACCGGCAGAGCCAGGAGCUCCAUCUUCCCGGCACUACAACCGACAGCAGCCGUCAGCGAGAAUCUAUCUGACAUCUUCGUGUCUCCUGGAUAUACCUACCGGGGAGUCUUACUGCCCACAAUAAACCAAACAUUCAAAUCCACUGAGUUGGAGAAGCUGUACCAGCGCUACUUCGCCCGGCAGAGACGUAUCUCCCUUAUGAUGAUGAACAUCAUAGACUGUUUCACCAAGUUUAACAUUUUGAUGGUGUUUUUCUUUUCUACACCUGAACUGAUUCAGCCCUUACUGAGUGGGGUGACUGGCCUAUUCAUUCUGUUUUCUUCCAUCUUGUGUUUUCUGGUGCAAGCCGGCAAAGAUGCCGUAUCGCACAACUACCUGCAAUAUCUCGGCCUUGCUACAUGGUUCUACCAGUCUACACAGUCUCUCCUGAGCUGGGGCAUGGGCUUGGAAACCAAUGAGACCUGGUUCAUUCUAUUCAUUGUAUUCGGCACUUAUACCAUGCUGCCUAUUCCGCUCCUCUGGGGUAUCCUUGCAGGCUCCGUCACCUCAAUAGUUCACUUGCUAAUUGAAGGAUUUCGGUAUUCCAGAGGGACCAUUCUUCUACAUCAGGUUUAUGUCAAACUGCUGUUGCUGCUUUGUACGAACCUUGCCAGUCUUUUUAUAAGCUACCUUUCUGUCCGGGCACAACGAAUGGCAUUCUUGGAGACCAGGAAAAACAUUGAAGGCCGACUCCUGCUGGAGGAUGAAAAUGAAAGACAGGAGAGGCUGGUUCUCUCGGUGUUACCACGUUUCAUGAUGUCGGAAAUCAUUAAUGAUAUGUCUGAUGCAGCAGAAAAGCAAGGGGCAUUCCACAAAAUCUAUGUUCAUCAAUAUCAGAAUGUAAGUAUUAUUUUCGGAGAUAUCAAAGGUUUUACCAACCUGUCCAUGGGCCUUGCGCCACAGCAGUUAGUCCUCUUGCUAAAUGAACUCUUUGCACAGUGUGACGAUCUGGCCGAGGAACACAACUGUUUACGGAUCAAGAUUCUGGGUGACUGCUACUACGCUGUUUCGGGACUGCCUGACCCACGUGAUGACCAUGCCCAUUGCUGUGUGGAACUGGGUCUAGGGAUGAUCCGAGCAAUUCGGAAGAUCAGGUCAAGUUUUCAAGCAGACAUUGAUAUGCGGAUAGGGAUCCAUUCUGGCUUUGUCCUGUGUGGUGUACUGGGUCUACGGAAGUGGCAGUUUGAUGUGUGGUCAUUGGAUGUAAGCAUAGCUGACGAGCUAGAAUCUACUGGUCGACCUGGGCGAAUCCAUAUCUCUGAAGCAACUUUGAAACAUUUGAGAGGUGACUAUGAAACUGAAGUGGCUCAUGGCCACAAACGUGGUGAUUUAUUGGAGCGAUAUAACAUUAAAACCUACUUCAUCAAGCACGAUGAAUUCACUGGGGAUGCUCCACGAAUACGAGUUAGUAUUGCGAAAUCAGAUGCUGGAGCUCCAAGAUCACAGUUUGAGCGUAGAAAAACGGAGACUAUAUUCAGCAGCAGUUUUCACAUUGAUGCCAGUCUGCUCCGAGUCAUGGAAGCUGAAACCCCAUGGAGGCUUGACCAUCCUUUCAACAGAGUAGUUGGUUUGAAUAAAAUCAUUGCAGCUCUAAUGAGAAAAAAGUCCCAGAGAUCUGAGAAGGGCAUAAGCCCAGGAGCCCCCUCCUCCAGGUUUGAUGAGAUCAACAGGAGAGUUGAACAUGCCAUUGAGGUGCGCAGCAGUGACAAGCUGCGGGAUGCCUAUCUUAAUGAAAUCACACUAACAUUUAAAGACUCUGGUAUUGAAGAGAAGCAACAUACACACCGGGAGGCUGCUGUGCCUGGCCGGGAGAUCACCAUACCACACCGGGAGGCUGCUGUGACUGGCCGGGAGAUCACCAUACCACACUGGGAGGCUGCUGUACCUGGCCGGGAGAUCACCAUACCACACCGGGAGGCUGCUGUGCCUGGCCGGGAGAUCACCAUACCACACCGGGAGGCUGCUGUGACUGGCCGGGAGAUCACCAUACCAUACUGGGAGGCUGCUGUACCUGGUCGGGAGAUCACCAUACCAUACUGGGAGGCUGCUGUACCUGGUCGGGAGAUCACCAUACCACACUGGGAGGCUGCUGUACCUGGCCGGGAGAUCACCAUACCACACCGGGAGGCUGCUGUGCCUGGUCGGGAGAUCACCAUACCAUACUGGGAGGCUGCUGUACCUGGUCGGGAGAUCACCAUACCAUACUGGGAGGCUGCUGUACCUGGUCGGGAGAUCACCAUACCACACUGGGAGGCUGCUGUACCUGGUCGGGAGAUCACCAUACCAUACUGGGAGGCUGCUGUACCUGGCCGGGAGAUCACCAUACCACACUGGGAGGCUGCUGUGACUGGCCGGGAGAUCACCAUACCACACUGGGAGGCUGCUGUACCUGGUCGGGAGAUCACCAUACCAUACUGGGAGGCUGCUGUACCUGGCCGGGAGAUCACCAUACCACACUGGGAGGCUGCUGUGACUGGCCGGGAGAUCACCAUACCACACUGGGAGGCUGCUGUGCCUGGCCGGGAGAUCACCAUACCAUACUGGGAGGCUGCUGUGCCUGGCGGGGAGAUCACCAUACCACACCGGGAGGCUGCUGUGCCUGGCCGGGAGAUCACCGUACCAUACUGGGAGGCUGCUGUGCCUGGCCGGGAGAUCACCGUACCACACCGGGAGGCUGCUGUGCCUGGCCGGGAGAUCACCGUACCAUACCGGGAGGCUGCUGUGCCUGGCCGGGAGAUCACCGUACCAUACUGGGAGGCUGCUGUGCCUGGCCGGGAGAUCACCAUACCACACCGGGAGGCUGCUGUGCCUGGCCGGGAGAUCACCAUACCACACUGGGAGGCUGCUGUACCUGGUCAAGAGAUCACCAUACCACACUGGGAGGCUGCUGUACCUGGCCGGGAGAUCACCAUACCACACCGGGAGGCUGCUAUUUGGUGCCCUGGUUUGAAUCCAUUUCCAAUGGAAGUGUUUAAUGCCACAAACCGGGCUCAGUCAACAACGAAUAUCUGUGAUCAGAUUGAGGUCUCCAGCCCACUCUGCUCCGUCUCUCAGUCACUCCAGGUCUCCAGCCCACUCUGCUCCGUCUCUCAGUCACUCCAGGUCUCCAGUCCACUCUGCUCCGUCUCACAGUCACUCCAGGUCUCCGGCCCACUCUGCUUCGUCUCUCAGUCACUCCAGGUCUCCAGCCCACUCUGUUCCGUCUCUCAGUGCUCCAAGUAUUUUGUCCUGUGCGGGGUGACAGCGUUGAUCAGCUGUGCUGCAUUUCUUCAUCUACAUUCAGUUAUAAAGCUGGUGUCUGUCAUCUUAAUCACUGCCGUCUACACCUACAUCACCCACGUCAGUUUCAAAUAUUUGAAUGUGCACUUGCAUGAAGAAUUGCCCAGAUCUUAUUCGGAUUGGCAGCGGGGAAUCAUCUUUCUGCUGAUGUUCCUGUUUGUGGUGACGGUCUUUUACCAAGGACGACAGAUUGAAGCAACUGCCCGUCUGGACUUCCUUUGGAGAUUACUAGCCAGACAGGAAAUGGAGGAAAUGGCAGUGCUGCGGAAACAUAAUGAGGAUCUGUUGAAUAACAUGCUGCCCAGUCACAUCGCACGGCAUUUCCUCAACAAGGAUCCAGAUGAUGAAGAGCUCUAUUCUGAAUCACAUGACAAUGUCGGCGUUCUGUUCGCUUCCAUCCCAGAAUUUGCUGCAUUUUACUCACAGGCUGAGGGAAACCAACAGGGAAUUGAAUGCUUGCAACUGCUUAAUGAGAUCAUUGCUGACUUUGAUGAUCUGAUGGCUGAUGAACGCUUUCUUGAGAUUGAAAAGAUCAAGACCAUUGGGAGUACAUAUAUGGCAGUGUCUGGACUAACAUCAGAUCAACGGGAUCAUGGUCCUGGCUUCGAUGCAGAUUGGACACACCUGUGUAACCUGGCAGACUUUGCACUCGCUCUAGAAAACACCAUGGAGGAGAUCCAUCGACAUUCCCACAUCAAUUUUAAUCUCCGUGUUGGAUUCGCUCAAGGACCAGCGGUUUCAGGCGUUAUAGGGGUUAAGAAGCCACAAUAUGACAUCUGGGGUUCAACAGUGAAUUUUGCCAGUCGCAUGGAUAGCACUGGCAUCAGUGGCAAGAUCCAGGUGCCAAAAGAAACCUUCGAUAUUCUUGACACCCGUGGCUUUUCUUUCGAAUACAGAGGCCGAGUUUUUGUCAAGGGUGUGUCUGAGAAGUUUGGUGAAGUUGAGACAUAUUUCCUGGAAGGGAGAGUCGCAAAGGCAGUGACACACAAAUGGAUGAGGAGGCAAAGUGCACAGCACUCCUUCUCUGUCAUCCUGUCAGGCUUAUCCCAGAAAAGACAGUCAGCAAGGUACCCUCUAUGAGUGGAUAAACUGAUGCAGGAACAAAUUCAACACAUGGUCCAAGUUCUUUGGACUCCUUGGGAAUUUCAGCUUCAAGAAAGCUGCCACCAAAUUUAAUUAGUUUCAAACUGUCAUGGACAAAAUAAUGUUGUGAAUUUAUCAAGGAAAGACAAUGUAAAUGGUUAUAUAUAACUGGACUGGACUGUGAUUAGAUAGAAUGGUGCAAGACCAGGCUGUGAAAGGAUUACAUAGUCCUUGGGUCAACAACUUUGUCAUGGUCCAAGUACAAUGAAUGGGUAAAUGCUGAGAAUCCUGUCCCUGAGAAGGGUUCCCACAGCAUGUUCUCAAUGAGGUGAUACCAGCUCGGUUCGAAGUUGGGCUGUGAGUUGGGGAUUAGCAGCUUGGCUUCCAGUGAUGAAAUCCUGGAGCCAGCCGAUGGAACCAGCACUGGCUGAGGACUGAAAUGGGCAGAGCAGUAACGUGGCUCGGUCACUGUGUGUCACUGUCUCAUACUCUGAGCACAGGAGCGGGUAUCCAAUGAAGCGCAGCCUACCACAGACUGGAAUCUGCACAACAGCAUGUGGAAGUUGG